UGCAGGUGAGCCAUCAUGUCUAGAGCGACGGUGAAGAAGCUGCACUGGCGAUCCAAGGUGCAGGAGAGUUUCGUGCCCCUGGGCGGCAGUUCAGGGGAGCUGGGCGUGGCCAUCGGAGGCGGGGCUGACUAUGGAGAGUUCCCAUUUGUCACAGCAGCCCCUGGGGGUGGGCCCACAGUGGGUGAUGUCCUCCUUGAAAUUGGGGGAACGCCCGUAUUAGGCAUGACCCUGGGCGAUGUCAGAGGAGUCCUCAACACCUGUCCUCAUCCAAUCAGAGUCAAGACUGUCUCACCAGGCUCGUCUCUGUGUAAGGACCUGCGUCUGUACCUCAGCAAGUGUUUCACCCCUGGUAGCAUGGACAGUCAGCUGCAGCAGCUCAUCAGAGAGAACCUCUACCUGCGCGCUGUGCCUUGUACGACCAGACAGCCGCGGGAUGGAGAGAUAUCAGGUGUGGAUUACAACUUUGUCUCCAUAGAGGAGUUUUUCUCUCUGGAGGAGUCGGGUGCUCUGCUGGAGAGCGGCAAGUUCAAAGGGAACUACUAUGGCACACCCCGCCCAGUCCACAUCGGCCCGGAAAGUCCACCAAUCACGUACCAGGAACACCGGAACCUGCUGAGGAACUUCCGAACACGGAGCAAAUCGCUGAGUAACCUGGAGAAGACCGGAGAGGAGGGAGACAACAGCGAAGAAGACAGCGGACUUUCAGUGGGGGUGAGCAAUGCUCCGCCCACAGGCCUACCUCUCAGCCAAUCGUGGGAGUCGGCAUCAGGGAGCAGGGAGGGGGGCAAUGAGGCGGGGAGCAGUGGGGCAAGAGGAGGUCGUCUGCCGGAGAACUGGGAGGUUGCUUACAGCGAGACAGGAGAGCCCUACUACAUCGAUCAUAAUUCCAAGACGACCAGCUGGUUUGACCCCAGAGCCCAGAGCAAAGAGACACCCCCCUCUACCGAAUUGCCAGAGUUCACAGACCAGCCCAGUCAGCUGAAGGGGUACUCCAUCCACACGCGUCUCUCUAAAGGAACCAGAGGAUUCGGCUUCAACAUCGUAGGAGGAAGUCGACCCCGAGAAUUCCUACAGGUGUACAGUGUCACACCGGGUGGACCGCCUGCACUGAAUACAGCGGACAUCUUGGUGUGUAUAAAUGACAGCUGUGUGUUGGGAAAGUCCCAUAAGGAGGUGGUGGAGAUGCUGAAGUCAGUUCCUUUGGGUCAGAGUGUGGAUGUGGUUCUGAGGAGGGGGUACCCGAUGCUCUACAACCCAGAUGGCUGCCCCAAACAGAACCUGGACUUGCCUCGGACCUCUGCUGAUCCUUCUAAUCCCGGCCUGCUUAAUCUGAACCGACCUCUACCACAUCUUAACUACAUCCAACCGCCAGACACCAAAAGAAAUAGCACAGCGGCUGGUCAAAUCCCUCUCUCUUAUGCUGCUCAGCCAAUGACCAACGGGUUGACUAGCCCCCCCACCCCUCCCUCCUCAGACCCCACCCCGUCCCCCCACAGCAUGACCACACCCCCUCUGCUCCCUCCUGAAGGACACUCAGCCAAUCAUAGUAACUCUGAAGGAGGCCUGUCCACAGCUGGGACACGCAGCUCUUCUAUGAUUGGUUACAACAGCAGCACACUGCCCGCCCUUUCCUCCUCCUCUAUGCUCCACCACCAGAGCUCAAAAUCCUCUGAGAGCGACCUCUCCUCCUCCACGCUGCCCCUCUCCCUCUCCAGACAGCCCCUCCUCCAGACACACACCUCCAUCCCAUCUACUGCCACUGUUCAGCGCCCCCCCAUGCCCCAAACCUCUCUUGCUCCUACCCCCCCAAGAGAAUUGGCCCCCUGCGGUUUCAAUGGCUGUCCGGCCAACCACAACAACCACCCCUCACCAUCCUCCAGCAGAACAGGCAUUGGGUUGGUGCUCCCACUGGGGGCAGGGUCUCCAGGGACGACCCCUGGGGGAGAGCUUGUCCCUGUGGCCCUGGGUCGCAGCGAGGGAGGGGGAUUGGGCUUCAGCAUGGCAGCAGGAGGGCAGGACGGACAGCCGGCCGUCGUCAAACGAGUGUGGGACCGGAGGCAGUGCCCCUCUCUGCAGCUGGGGGACGCCAUCAUCAGGAUCAAUGGAGCCGACAUCCGGAGCCUCACCUUCAACCAGGUCCAGAGAGUCCUGCAGGAACACACCAAACAGGGAGAAGUGGUGUUACUGGUUUAUAGAGGAGGAGGAGGAGGAGGUCCUGUCUGCUCUCCUGUAGUCACCCCUAACCUCUAUAAACCACUCCCGUCUCCUCUCACCCCCUCGUCGUCCUCCUCACACCCCCAAACUCCCAGCUCAACCGACUUGCCUUCCCCAGCCUCAGGUGCCUUGUUGGGGGGCGUGCCCCCUCUCAGCCAGGCUGGCUUGGCCCUUGGAAGCCCCCCAGAGGGCACUCACCGGGCCCCUCCCACCCAGACGGCAAACGGCCCCCCGGUCUUGGCUCUGGUCCAGAGCACCAGCUUCCUGGACUCAGUUCCUGUGACGCUGACGCUGGAGCCUCGUGAUUGGCUGGGAGUGGAAGAGAGUGCCGGGGGACCGCCUCCUGUCAGAGGAGCAGCGCUGGGAGCUGUGACCAAGGAGGGAAGAGGAGGAGGAGGAGGAGUAAAAACGAUAGAGGUGGAGUUGAGGAGAAGGCAAGGAGAAGGCUUUGGAUUCGUUAUCGCCUCCCAGGAUGUGACCAAUGGGGCCUCCUCUAUGUUGUCUCAUCGGUUUGUGACGGUGCGUAGAGGAAGUCCAGCUGCUCGCAGUGGACAGAUUCAACCUGGUGACCAGCUGGAGGCAGUGGAGGGACGGCCGGUGGUCUCUCUGCCCCACCGUGACCUUGCCCAGAUCCUGAGGAGGGCUGGAAACACACUGAGACUCACGGUUCAACCACGCUCCAACACCAAUACAUCCAGCCUGGCUGAGGCAGUGGAGUUUGAUGCUGACAGCAGAAAUAGGAGGGGGAGCAGAGGAAGGUCAAAGGGUGAUCCCAGGUUCUACAGUGUGGAUUUAGAACGAGGUCCUACAGGUUUUGGGUUCUCCCUGCGGGGGGGCAGUGAGUACAACAUGGGGCUCUAUGUGCUGGGACUGAUGGAGGGAGGACCAGCACAGCACAGCGAGAAGAUCCAGGUUUCCGACCAGCUGGUGGAGAUUAACAGUAACAGUACAGUGGGAAUGACUCACAGUCAGGCUGUGGAGCAGAUCAGGAAAGGAGGACAUCGGAUUCACCUUGUCCUCAAGAAAGGAAAUGGAUAUGUACCUGACUAUGACCCUGAGGAGGGCGCUGUCUCACUCUCCUCCACCCCACACUCAGAGGAGAGGGCUGUGGAUGAUGUAACCAUGACGACCGACUCCCCCAGCAAGCAGAGAGAAGGAGGACGAAGAGGAGUAGAGAGGAGGAGAGGAAGAGGAGGGGCUCCUGAUUUGGACUUGGACCUGGUGGAGAAGGAGGCAUGGAGGAGUCAGACCAGCAGAAUGAAGGAGAAGGAGGAGAACCGAGGGAGGAAGACCAAGAGCCUCCCCAGGACGGCUGCUAGAGACUGGGACAGACAGAUGAAGGAAGAGGAGGAGGUGGAGGAUGGAGGGAGGGAGAGGAGGAGGCAGAGAAAGAAAGAGAGUAGUGAGAGAGACAUAGGGAGAGAGAGGGGGCGAGAGAGGGAGGAGAUAGAUGAACGAGUGGAAUGUGCAAGGCAUUCUAGGAACUCGACCUCAGCAGCCAACCAGAAAGCACUGUUCUCCUUCCUCAUGCCAUUGGACGACUCUGACAACAGUCAUCCAUCUGACCAGGACGCCCACUCAGAGGUCAGCCAAUCAGCAGCCAGUAUUGCCAAGGAGGCGGGCUCUGGAUGGAGAGUGGAUUCUGAUAGGAGGAGAGCCAAGUUGUCAUGGCAGUGUGGGGAUGCACCGGGAGCCUGGCUGAAACCAAACCCACACAGACUGACAAAAGUUCUGACUGACCGCCGCCUCAGAGGGAGGGACUCAGCUGGAGGACUCUCUCUCUAAUUGUUAACAGGAAGUAGCUGACCGUUUUGAUUAUCUCAAUUUAAGGGCUGUGCUUUUUUGAUUGGCUAAAUCAAAGAGGAAGUCCCGCUUCUUACUAUUUUGCAGAUGUUUUAAAGGCCGUUUGGAGGUUGUUGUUUUGUUUUUUUUUUCAUGUCAGAGCAAGGACCUUCUCCUGAAUAGCUGGGCAAGAGAGGUUGUCAGCUCCCUCCAUCAGACCACACCCCCAAAGCCAUGAGGGCCAAUAACAUAUAUUCCUCUUUUUUACCCAUCAUCCCUCUGACCUUUCUCUCAGCAUGUGUGUCUCAACUUGUUUCUGUCUCUCAUCAUCAUCAUUGCUGUGGCAUUCCUACCUUUCUAGAAUAUUAUGCAAUGAAAUAUCGACUACAUCAAAACCCUUUUACUUUCACCUUUUGCAAACCAAAACCGAUGAACAGCGCCACCUGUUGGAGCUCGGUGUUGACAGACAGGCUCCAGGCUAAGCUAGCAGCCCUGGCAUGUGUAAUAUCCCAUUAUAACCUCCCUUUCUCUUUAAAUAUCUAAUCUCAGCAUGAAAAUAUGAUUUGGAUGAUUCUAUUUUCAUUAAACGAGAAAAAGACUAGAAGAAAUGAUCGGAGCUUAAAAAAUAAAUAUUUGACAUAAUUUGCUUGCCUGCUUGGAAAAGAAUAGUUACUUUCUUGUUGUAUUUUGAGAUUUCUAUUGUAAACUCAGCAGUCAUAA